AAGAUUUUUUCUGCAUCAGGACGAGUCCAUAAGAAUCUUCACAAAGAGGAAGGGAAGCGUAAAGAACGACUCGCUAAUAAUGCAUUUUUAGUAAAUAAUGGAAAUGUGAAACAGGAUCGAUGUCACAUUACGUCAAAAAAACGUACCAGUCAGAAAAAUGGGCUUGAUUACAGCGUUGUAACAAAAAAUUCCCCUAUUUUUCCAGCAUUCGAAAAUGAUAAGCAAACAUUAAGUUAUGUUUCAGAAUUCCGAGAUUUAGUUGACCCGGAAAUGUUAGCUAACGGUAACAUUACGAAUGACGAUAAAUUCACCACUCCACGUAAAUUCACCAAUCCACAUCAAUCUUCUGCACUCAGCGGCAAUCUCACGCCAAAUGAAUGCAUUGACAAUAAUAUCUUCAAUGGAUCUAGUGACAGUUCUAUUAACGCUGGGCUAAUUAGUGACAUGCAACUAUCUGGCUCCACAUACAGUGCAUCCACUUCCACUUUCGAUGAAAGUGUUUCUUCGAAUAUUUGCGGUGAACUGAAGGAAUAUACCGAUCAGCCUGAAACAAAGGGAAAAGAUUCAGGGAAUGCGGACGUUCAGAAUGUAACAGAAAAAGAUGAAGAUUCCGCAGAAUCCGUCAACUCCGCUGACAGCAAUUCUUUGCUGGAUGAAUUUCUCGACCGUACAAGCAGACUGCGUAUCGUUGGAUUGCAAAAGAAAAUUCAGUCGCAAUUUACGAUGCUGGAGCAUUUCAAAUACGUUAAUCAAAAACAGGCGGAAGAGAAGCGAGAGCAGCAGCUGCAGCUGCAGCUGACUGAAGCAAAGUACAGACGAACAGCUGUACAGUUGCGUCAAGCCAAGAACGCAGCUGCUGCAGCUGAGCAGCGCCGAGCAGCUGCAUCUGAGCAGACCAAACUGCAGCUGGAGAAAUACCGCAGCUUAACAGCUGUUGAAGUUAAUGGGGAUAAGCUUUUGGUGUCAGUUUUGGGUUAA